GUUCCAUGCGCUGAGCUGUAGCACUUCAACUGCUGUAGUGAUCUAAGCUAAAAUUCUGUACAUUACAAACGGAACGGUAGUAUGAAUAAACACAUGCGGAAGCGUUUCUUUUUAUAUGAAUCGGCGUUUACGGGUUCAUGGAAUUUGCGGUUAACUUCGGUGUACGUAUAAGAAAAUGAAAGAAAAAGUUAAGGUGACCGUCAAGGAUACAUUACGACAACGAAGUAAUUUGAUUUAUAGAUAUAGAUCAGCCUUGGCUUUACACAUAAACACACAAAAGAAUUGGAGUGUUUAGAGACUUUUCCAAGUACAGUAAGCUUUAUUGUAUCUAGAUAGAGCUCGAGGCACCACGACCUCAUAUGCUUGAUAAUGGCUUACAUGUACAGAUCAUUAUUCCUUAGGUCAGCCCAGCUGGUCUUCAGGUACUCACACUCUGAGGUGUGUUUGAGUAUUAAGCGCUCAGUGCCUGCCACCAACCAUUUUUAUUCCAUAAAACCAGCUUUCCCCCCACUGGUGUGGACUUAUAACUUUCCUAGAAGCUGCUCAAGUUACACUUCAGGUCAAAGCAGUUUUUCUUUAAGGACCCACACAUGUGGAGAAUUAUGUUCCAGUCAUAUAGACGAAGAGGUUACUUUAUGCGGCUGGAUUCAGUACUUGAGACAGGAUUUUUUUGUGAUCUUGAGAGACUUCAGUGGAUUGGUGCAAAUUCUGAUCCCACAGGAUGAGUCCAAAUCUGAAUUGAAGAAUGCUUUUCUUGGGCUCACAUUGGAGUCUGUCAUCGUGGUCAAAGGAAGAGUCAGGCGUAGACCAGAGGGACAGGAGAAUAAGAAAAUGUUUACUGGAGAAAUUGAGGUCUGUGCCGAGAACAUGAAAGUGUUGAAUACCUGCCAAAAACUGCCUUUUGAAAUUAAAGAUUUUGUCAAAAAAUCAGAAGCCCUCCGAAUGCAAUAUCGCUAUCUUGAUCUUCGAUCAUCCAGAAUGCAGUACAAUUUACGACUACGAUCACAAAUGGUGAUGAAAAUGAGGGAGUACCUUUGCAAUUUGCAUGGAUUUGUGGAUGUUGAAACGCCAACCUUGUUUAAAAGAACACCUGGGGGUGCCAAAGAGUUUGUAGUGCCAUCUGGAGACCCUGGGAUGUUCUACUGUCUUCCACAGAGCCCACAGCAGUUCAAACAGCUUCUUAUGGUGGCUGGCAUAGACCGGUACUUUCAGCUUGCUCGCUGCUACAGAGACGAGGGCUCCAAGCCUGACAGACAGCCUGAAUUCACACAGGUGGAUAUUGAGAUGUCCUUUGUAGACCAAGCUGGAGUCAUGAAUUUGAUAGAAGGCUUGCUCCAAUACUCCUGGCCAGAGGACAAAGGACAGAUUAAUGUUCCCUUUCCUACCAUGACUUAUGAGGAAGCCAUGAGAGACUAUGGAGUUGACAAACCAGACACUAGAUUUGGGAUGAAGCUUGUGGAUGUCACAACAGCAUUUCAGGGCACACAGAUAGAUUUCAUCAAGGACAUACUCUUUCAGUCAGGGGGCUGUGUUCAGGCCAUCUGUGUCCCAGAGGGAACGAAACACCUGAAGGGUACAGACUUGGAGUUCCUCAAACAAGCAGCCAAGACACAGUAUGGCCAGGAGGUGAGUUUGGCUCUUGUAAGGGCAGAUGGUUCAGUGAAAUCCCCUCUCAGCCGGCUGCUCUCGGACACGGCCAGACAGCAGCUGCUCCAGAUGGCCCAGGCCAAUGCCGGGGACCUGAUGUUCAUCACAGCUGGACCCCGAGAGAAUGUGCGCCCUUUACUGGGGAAGAUGAGACUGCAGUGUGCUGAGCUGCUUGAGGGCUAUGGCAUACCUGUUCGUGAUCCCUCAGUCUUUCACUUCCUGUGGGUUGUGGACUUUCCCCUCUUCUUGCCCAAAGAGGACAACCCAGAGAUGUUGGAGUCUGCCCACCAUCCCUUUACUGCCCCUGUCCCUGAGGACGCCCAUCUUCUGUACAUUCAAGCACACAAGGUGCGUGGCCAGCAUUACGACUUAGUGCUGAAUGGCUGUGAGAUCGGAGGAGGUUCUAUCCGCAUCCACAAUGCCUCUCAGCAGCUGUAUGUCCUGGAGACUAUACUCAAGGAAGACCCAUCCCUUCUUUCUCAUCUUUUGGAGGCUCUGAACUCCGGAGCCCCUCCACACGGUGGAAUUGCAUUAGGGCUGGAUCGACUUCUCUCAAUCAUUGUAGGAGCUCCCAGUAUCAGGGAUGUCAUAGCUUUUCCAAAAUCAUUUAGAGGCCAUGACCUCAUGAGUCAUGCCCCAGACUUUGUUUCUGAAGAUGACCUAAAGCCAUACCAUAUUUCGGUGACCUGGCCUAACAAGGAUACAGAGGGACAAGAGGACAAGAUAAAAUAAGCGCUUAACGGUUAGGGUUAGUUCACACCAAAAUGAAAAUUCUGUCUUUGUUUACUCUUUCCCAAUGCCAUUCCAAACCAUUUGAAAUGAUUUAUUGAGGGGAAAACAAAAGAUGUUUAGCAGAAUGUUUACUGUCGUUUUUUUUUUACAUGCAAUUAAAUUUAAUGUUGUACUGAGGCUGUCAAAUUCAUAAUAGUUUACCAGAAAAAUGGUUCAUAAAGAUUCAUUCAUUGUAUUUCAAAUCUUCUAUCACCAUACAAUUACUUUGUUUGAGGAACAGAUUGUAAUUUAAAGUCUUUAAAAGCUUGGGCAGCCCUGGUCACUAUUAGCUUUCAUUGUAUGGAAAAGAGCAGAUUUGCCAUUGUUCUAUAAAUAGCUCCUUUUGUGUUCCACAGAAGAGAGGAAGUUUCAUUUUUUGGUGAACCUUUCCUUUUAAAUGAUGUUCAUGAUUUCCCUUGGGACCAUGUGAUCACCAUCUGUGCCCAUUUCUGGUGAUGGAUUUUUUUUUCCUUCACAACAGAAGCAGGAUUACUUUAGUUCCUGUGAGAAUUGAGGUCCAUCCUCUGAGUCAAGGCUAAGUAGUCCCUACUGCUUCAUGAUCCAGGUCGUCUUCUCUGCUACAUCAGCACAUGAUUCAUGUACUUUCGUCAUCAAAAACAUGUGCUAUAAUUAGUGUUUUCAAGUAUAAUUUUGAAACAUUAAAUUAAUUGUGUAAAACGUGUUCCAUUCCAAGACUCCAUUCUAUGCUUUAGGUGCAGAGAGAGGUUGGAUUGUGAGAGUGGCUGAUAUUUCAGUAGGUGGCAGGGUUGUUCCAUUGCAAGUGUUUACAAUGAUCCACCCCCCUCAAUCCAGUUAGCCUGCGGAGGAGGCAGCGUGCACGCAUACCAUAUUCGGUAUGUUUUUCUCACCACCAGACAUACCGAAUAAAGCUAUAUUUCAGUUUUUCUCAGUGAUGCCUUAUCUGCAAAAGCAGAUGCUAAUUUUUCAUGCCCAGGUACAGCUACUCAUUACAGCCAGCGUUAUUUUGAAGCAGACCAAUAUGUUGGAUUGGAAAAAGGCUGCCAAGCUGUGAACACAGUUCUGUGGAUGACAAACUGCUUUUGCUGUUCAUCUAAUGACUUUUUUCCUUAAGUAUCCACUCAUUGCUUAUUUCCAGUACAUGAACAUGAUUACUUUUAAAUAAGUGCCCACAUCCAAAUGCAAUACAGUUUAAUGCUUUAGAACAGGGGGCUUGAACCUCUUUCAGUCCAAAGACAACAUGGAUAGAGAGACAGCAUGGACAUAUUUAGGGUGACCAUAUUUUGAUUACCAAAAACCAGGACACUCGGCCCGGCAAUGAGAUACUCAAAUGAUACUCGAAUUUUACUCAAAGAUGCCUUGUUAAUUUUAAUACAUUUAAAGUAGGCUAUGCCUCUGUAUGGAUAGAAAAUUGUUAUUACAAAAUGCUAUCUAUCAAAGACACAAAAAAGACGGCCAGGACAGGAAGUGAAAACAGGACAUGUCCUGGUAAAACAGGACGUUUGGUCACCCUAACAUAUUACAUGUUACAUUAUUGGCUUAUAAUGUGUGUACAGUACCAUAUUAAUAUGUUUAUUUACAUACUUUGUUGUGAUGUUUAUAAGCCAUUAAAAAAUAAUUAUUGAUGUUCUGAAUUGCAUGUACAUUUGGCCUUUUACUUAAUGCAUUUUACUGUUGGAGGGACAAUGAAACUUAAGCCCUAGUUGAAGGUAACAUAAUAUUGUAUAUUUGUUUAAUGAUUAUUUAUUAUUAUCUUAAAGUUUAAGAUGAUAAAGGGCUGCUAAAAAAACAAAAGAUAAGCAUGCUUGUCACAAUCAGUAAGCCAAUCAGCAGCGCUUCCCUUUAGCCACUUUACCUGUUGAUUGCCUGGAGUUUUUGGCAACAUGUCCAAGUUCACAAAGGGAUAGUUCACCCAAAAUUGAAAAUUCUCUCAUAAUUUAUUCACCCUCAUACUAUCCCUGAUGUGUAUGACAUUCUCUCUUCUGCUGAACACAAACAGAAAUGUUUAGGUCCUCACAAUGCAAGUUAAUGGAUACCAAAAUUUAGAAGUAAUCCAUACAACUCCAGUGGUUUUAAUUCAUUAGGUGUCUUUUUUUUCUCAUAUAAAUUCACCUUCCUGGCCAGUAGGUGUCGGUAUGCACGAAGAAUGCACAAAGAAGAAUGUGAAAGAUGAGAUUAAUAGAAAAAAAGUCAGUUUUUCACUGACACCUAAAUUAAUUACAUUUUUGGGGUGAACUAUCCCUUUUACUAUUCAUGUGAGACUGCCCACCAAACACAUUUAUAUUGUGGCAACAUUGCUGCCACGUUUUAUUUUACUUUGCAAACAUUGUUUGACGUGUUCUCCAUGUUGUGACAAUGUACAAAUGUAAGAUGCAAGAAGGCUGUGACAACAUUGCUGUGCAACUUUCAGCAACUGCAAAAGGACGUUCCAGCUACAUUUGUUUAUUCCUUAUGCCAUAGCAACACAUUACUCUUGAUAACCCAUUAUUUAACACA